AUGUCGAAGUCUAUACACCAGAAAGCACGGACUUCCCCGUACCCGAGAACUAAAGAUAUCAUUAGGACAAAGGUUGCUGAUGAUAAUGUUCCAUGGAAAGUUGAAUAUGAUUAUAAACCUGUAAAAUACACAUCAGAAUCUGUUUUAAAAGGUCCUGUAUGGGCAGAUCCUGAUAUUAAACCGGGUGAUAAACACAAUAUACAAUUUAAUACUGUUGAUAAUAAUGUAAAUAGAACAAGUUUUAUUUGUAAAUAUGAAGUUGUUAAUUCACUGCCAAGAAAUCCAAUGGGUAGAACUGGUCUUACUGGUAGAGGUAGUUUAGGAAGAUGGGGACCUAAUCAUGCUGCUGAUCCAAUAGUCACAAGAUGGAAAAAUAAAGACAAGAAGAUUUUACAGUUUGUGGCUGUACAAAGAAAAGAUAAUGGUGAAUGGGCUAUUCCAGGGGGAAUGGUAGAUGCAGGAGAGGUUGUAUCUCAAACUUUACGUCGAGAAUUUGGAGAAGAAGCUCUGAACACACUUGAAGCUGAUUCCUCUGAGAAGAAACAUAUAGAACAAUCUUUAGAUAGACUAUUUCACAGUGGGACAGAGAUAUUUAAAGGGUAUGUUGAUGAUCCUAGAAAUACAGAUAAUGCAUGGAUGGAAACUGUAGCUAUGAACUUUCAUGAUGAAUUGGGUGAUAGUGCUGGUCUUUUUGAAUUAAAUGCUGGUGAUGAUGCCAUGAGUGUACAGUGGAUGGAUAUUACUAACAAAUCCAAACUCUAUGCUAGCCAUGAACAUUUUAUUCAAUCUGUAGCCCAACUUCAUAAAGCUGAAUGGUAA